AUGGCGACACACGACGAGCAGCAGGAUGACGGCCUCUACUCUCGCGAGACCUCCGCCCGCAGGUCGCCGUCGCCUUCAAACACCCAGCAUCGUCGCGGCUAUCAGGCCUGCGAUCCGUGUCGCAAACGCAAAGUCAAGUGUGACCUUGGGAGUGUCGAUAAUCCCCGCCCGCCGCCAUGUGUACGAUGCCGGCGCGAGAGUAAGCGCUGCGAGUUCUCCGCCACACGGCGCAAACGCAAGACCUCGGACGUUGAAGGCCCGGCCGUCGAUGAUGUACUGCGCCGCGAUAAGCGGAUGAUGAUUGGAGAUAAUGUAGCGAAGGUUGAUGCUUCCCCCAGCGCGAGAUCAUCUUCAUAUCCUCAGCCUGAACCCUCCUCAUUCGAUACGCCCAGUCUAGGGCAGCAAAAGUGGCUCAACAAAUCUCCAUCCAACAGCCAUCUACCGCCGCCAAAUAACGGUACCCAGCAUUACGCCGCCAACUCAUCUAUCUCCGAUGUAAGGACUACAAGGCACCCGGUGUACUCGGCCGUUACAAGAUUUAGCCAUGAAGGAAACCAGCCCAUGAUGAAUCGCACUGCAGUUGAGCUACUCUCGCCUGCAAUCAGUAACAGCCAUGAUGCUUUACAUCUUCUGUCGGAGGCGGCGGGGAGGACGGAGGACCUCCGGUAUGCUGCAACGCGACAGUCGGCAUCGUCGUUCGCUUCGCCAAUGUCGUCCAUGACCCAAGGGGGAACACCACGAAGCGCGGGCGGGUCAUUUUCACGGCAGCAUAGAUCGGCGACUGCGCAAACAGGAAACUUCUACCAGGGAAGUGCGUUGGUGUCUGGAGAGUCCCUUCCGGAUAAUCGGACGAGCUCUGCUGGGCGCCCUUCAGACUCAGGCUAUCUGGAUGCUGUCAAGGCAUGGUCGCGCCUCCGUUUCGUCCGCGCGGGCUGGCUUUCCGUCGAGGAGUCGAUGGCCUACGUUGCCUACUACUAUGAACACCUCGCACCUCUGAGCCCAAUUGUUAUCCCGGAUUUCUCACAUCCAUCAACACAUCGCACUCUCCUCACCGAGGAACCUGUUCUGGCGGUAACGAUCUUGACCGCUGCCUCGAGGCACAUGAAGCCGAGCGGGGACGGCGCGCAUUCCCGAGCCUUCUACAUCCAUGACCGUCUUUGGUCGUAUCUACGUGGAAUGAUUGAGCGUCUGUUCUGGGGCCAGGAAAAAUUUGGCGGAAACGGCAUCGGUAUCAACAAACCUCGGUCUUUUGAUUUAGCACCCACCUCAGCCAAGAUCAGUCACAAGGGUAAUCUGAGAUCUUUGGGCACGAUUGAAGCGCUAUUGAUUCUGACCGACUGGCAUCCGCGGAAUCUACAUUUCCCUCCUGGAGAUGAUGAGAACGCAUUACUCGACCUUGACGCCCAGGCGGGUCGAUACGAUAAAGACCUAGACAAUGACGGCGAGCCUACCGCACACCGAGGCUCCCAUGGUGCGCCUGAGGGGAAAUUGGCCUUUCAGACGUGGCUGGAGCCAGCGUGGCGCUCAGACCGGAUGUCCUGGAUGUUACUCAGUACCGCACAAGCGUUAGCGUUCGAGCUGGGGGUGUUUGACCAGAAGAACGAUGCCAAAUCACUAACUGAACCACCGGCGGAGCAAACGCGGAAACGUCGACUCCGUCGGCUCAUCCUCGUGUACAUUUCGCAGAGCAGUGGCCGCUUAGGCAUUCCCUCUAUGCUGCCGCUACCACAGUGGGCUGACGACAUCCAGCCCACGCCCGUGACCGGUUCAAAAGCCAAUGAGGUUGAUAAGAUGCAUGAUUGCUGGCUUGGGAUAUCCAAGAUCAUGUAUCAGGCCAACCAGCUCCUGUUUGCGUCUAGUGAACAGACUUCUGAUCUAAUCAGAAGCGGUCGUUAUCGAGAUCAGAUUGACCGAUUCCAGUUUUUCUUUCGAGAAUGGCGGCAGAAUAUGGACUCAAUAGAGUUGCACCCCGCAAUGAGACACAUUUUGAUUAUCGAGUAUGAAUAUACACGAUUAUACGUCAAUUCCCUUGCACUGCAGGCAGUGGUCGACCGGUGGACGACAAUGUCGAAUGAGGAUGCUCAGGCUCAGAAUAAACCGUCGUCUGCAUCAGGAAACACGUCAUUCAAUGUAUUGAUGGAACUCUACCGCGUCAAUGAACCUUUUAUCCAAGAGGUCGUCAAUUCGUCACGCAAGAUCCUGACAACAGUGCUUGAGGGCCUAGUCCCAGGCGACCAUUUGAAACAUGCCCCCGUCCGAACCUGCUUCCGGAUCCUGUCUGGCAUGAUAUUCCUUCUCAAAACAUUUACUCUCGGCGCGAAAGAAGACGACGUGCGCGUCUCGCUUGAUCUCCAAGACCGCACCGUCGAAGCCCUCCGAACAUGCGUCGUCGACGACAUCCACUUAAGCCACGCCAUCGCUCGCCUCUUGGAACUCCUCACAGCCAACAUUCGCACUCGCUUCCUCCGCUUCGCCCCCCUCGACCGCAGCGGCGACGGCGACAGCGCCAGCGCCAGCCACGACCGAGCCUCUGCUCCAACAUCACGCCCCCACUCACCCCGUCCACGAGAAGGACCACAUGCUCGCCAGGAUGGUCUAAGCAACAGCCACACCUGGCCACCCGCGCACUCCUCAGCACACAGCCAACUCGGCGGCUACGCCGAUGCCCACCCACCGUCAACAGCCCCUCUGACCUCAGUCCACGACCCUCUAGCCGGCAUCCCCGCGCAACCCAUCAACUCCUCCAACAUCAACGUUAGCUUCAUGCCACCCCCACCAUCCGUCUACUACAACUUCUACCAAUCCCGGUCUACGCCGCCAUCCGGCGAAAUGGACACAUCUAAUCCAGGUUCAAACUCAACAUCCUCUGCCCUCCCCUCACAUUCAAUGAACGAACAGCCCGGUGUCUCGGAUUGGUUUGCGCUCCCGCUAGACCAGUUCUUCAAUUCUUCGGCUGCCGUUGUGGAUCAGGGGCUCGGUGGCACGGGGCCCAUGGUCGGCGAGUUCGAUAUGCUUGAGGUUCUUCUCAAUGAGCAGUAUGAUGGUGGUGCUGGGGCGGAUGGGUCUGGGUUGGAUUCGGCGGGGGGCGGGCUGGCGUCGCAGUUUAUGCAGCCGUAG